AUGCCGAUCAAAUUGAACUUCAAGAGAACUCACCGGUACAAUGUUUCGGCCAAAGAUCUCUAUGUCAUACGAAUUUUCACAUUGGAUGGAACCUGUGUCGAGUAUACGGUCUCGACCACAACCACCGGUCGUGAUGCUCUGGACUACGUGGCCCAAAGACUCGACAUUGAGGAUACAUGUUUUUUCGGAUUCAAAUAUGAAGAUUGGUCUGGUGAAUCACGCUGGCUGUUCUUGAACAAAUCGGUCAAGAAGCAACUGGACAAACAUGCCCGCCAACAUGCGCUCACCUUGACUGUGAUGCUGUUCAUUGACAAUCCACAAUUCAUAUCUGAUUCACAACUGAGGCGUUUCUUCUAUCUUCAAUUGCGACAGGAUGUCGCAACUGGAUUGUUACCGGUGACUCUGAAGUUGGGUAUCAAGUUAAGUGCCUAUAGCCUUCAAGGUAAGUCGAUCUGGUCCGGAUACUCAUUUAUGAGAUUAAAUGCUCCUCAUCCUUAA